AUGUAUUCGGCAGGAGCUGAACCUUCUCCACCUGGUCUAGAAGGGUUCAAGUGCAAGGUUCAGCUCCAUGAGAUUGAACCUGCUCCGGGUGGGUGGAUUAAUACUCUCCGACAGCAGGGUUCAGCUACAACUACAACUACAGCUACAACUACACCAACAGCUAAAACUACAACAACAGCUACAACUACAACUACAGCUAAAACUACAACUACAGUUACAACUACAGCUACAACUACAACUACAGCUACAACUACAACUACAGCUAAAACUACAACUACAGCUACAACUACAACUACAGCUAAAACUACAACUACAGCUACAACUACAACUACAGCUAAAACUACAACUACAGCUAAAACUACAACUACAGCUAAAACUACAACUACAGCUAAAAUUACAACUACAACUAAAACUACAACUACAACUACAGCUACAACUAAAACUACUUGUUGA